UAAUAUAUCAUACCAGUAUGUUCAUACCUUAUUAGAAUAGGCUGUUAUUUAAUACCUUCUCCUAUGCAGUUUCCUAAGGUAAACAGUGGGUGGCAGUAUUGUACAACCUUUGUUUCAUUGAACAUUGUGAACUUGGCAGUCUCAAAGAUGUUCAGCUGAAAUAGUCUACUGUUGUUCAGUCAGUGACAAAGUUAUAAAACUAUUCUGGUAAGCUGUGAUAUUAGGUCAGAAGAAGUGAUCACUUUCAAAGAUGUUCUCACUCAGUAGCAGUGCCAGGAAGGUGUAGGGUUUCACAGGCAAGCGAAGGAGGGACAUACACAGCUGGUUUACACUCUGGAGACUUCUGCAGUUUUGUUGUUGCUGGUUGAUGAACUUUCUUCAGGUGUUGCUGUCCUCUAUCCAUUGAUGCGCAAAACACUGUGUUGUAACCUACCUACUUUUUUUCCCAUUUUUGAGUAAGAGUUGUAGAAGAAAGACUGGAAGACAUGUUGCGGUUGUUUCUAAUUUCUUCUGUCUUCUUCCUGCCCAGUGCGUGGGGCCAGAGCAGCAGCAAGUUAGAUGUGGUGGUGGAGGCCCGUAACAUCACCCUCCCAGCCGGGACCCAGGCCGUGCUGCCCUGCCACAGCCCGCGCAUGAUAUGGACCCGGGACCGGCUGAAGGAUCGCCAGAGGGUGGUCCACUGGGACCUGUUCCGGAGCACACCAGAGUACUCUGUGGAAAGGAUACUGGACAUGUCUGCUGGCGUCAAAGAGAGAGUCUACAAUGGGUUCAACAAGGGCCGCAUAACCAUCCCCAAAACCGCCUUCACUGACGGGAACUUCUCCCUCGUCAUCAACAAUGUAGGAACAGCUGAUCGAGGUGUUUAUAGUUGUAAUCUGCAUCACCACUACUGCCAGCUUCACCAGUCCAUCAAGAUACAGCUCAACACCACCAAGUCAGUCCGUAAGGAGAAGCGUUACUGGGACGGGGACAAGACAGUGUUUGUGGUGUUGCUGGGGAGCUCUGUGGUGUUGCCUUGUGUGAACAGGCGGCCUCUGUGGAUGGAGGGCCAGCAGGAGGACCAGCAGCAGGUAGCCCACUGGGACUGGCAGCCACCUGGGGUGAGACCUGAUGGAGCUGACCGCCUGGUGGACCUUUACGCCUCUGGAGAGCGCCGGCAGUAUGGACCACUCUUCCCUGUGGACAAGAUGAGUGUCUCUGAGGAUGCCUUCUCUGUAGGGGAUUUCUCUCUGACCAUCUCUAAUCUCCAGCCUGUUGACAAGGGCCUGUACUCCUGUCACCUGCACCACCACUACUGCGGCCUGCACGAGAGACUCAUCUACAGGCUCAUGGUGGGGCCUUCACUGCCCCCACCUCCUCCGGUCCUCACCGCUGCCCCUGCUGCCCCUGCUGUCCCGACUGUCCUUGCUAUCCCCAACACACUCCCCAAUGAUGACCCAAGCCCUGAUGUGGUUGAACUUGAGAGACCACGGGUAGUCAACGUCAUCCUCCCUGAGCACCCAGGGCACUUCUUCCAGCAGAUGGGCUACUUCCUGGCAACCUUCUUCCUCCUAGCCUUCAUCAUAACAAUCGUCAUUGUGCUUACCCGACGACGCAGAAAGAGAGGGCUGGAGUACGACCUGCGAAGAUCUGAACGGAGUCAUGUGACUGGCCACGAUGACAUCGCAUUGGAUGCCACAGUGCUGAAGGUCUGCACCCAGGAAUACCCGAAUUCAGACUACAAAAACAACCUACUGAAAGAGAGAGAUAUGUCUAAAGGCUGCAAUAAAGAAAUGGAUGGAAAGUUGUGGAUAUGAGACAGAGAGAUCUGAUAUGCCGCUGGCGGCUCCAGAGCAGACACACACGACUAGGAAGAGGAAAUAAGGGUUUAUAAUGGUGGAAUCCAAAGAGGACAGGAGGGACUCUCUUUUUAUAGACACCCCUUACCAAACACUCUUACCAAAACACUCUUACCAAACACUCU